ACUUAGGCUGUACAAAUUUAAAGAAGUACAAGAUGUUAUAAGCAUGACGAGGACACGAACAAUUAAAGCCCAGCUUCGCGUCGGAAAUCAGGGAUAAAGAACAAGGAGAGUUCUAUUCGUGUCAGAAGAUUGUGCAUUUAGUUCACUACAUCAAAGCUGUUGGACAUAAAGCGGGAUCAAACACUUGAAACAAAUAUGGAGAUUCCAGAACACUUCACAGAAUUAUCGAUCCGGAUGUCGGAAGUGUUAGAUGACAGUGGAGCCGGGAAAGAUACCGUAAUGACGCGGAGACAAACAUACUUGCGGAUGGAUCGUUUAAGGACGAUAGCAGUCCGAUUAAAUGGACACUCUACAGAAUUUUAUCAUUUCGGUAGCCAAUCGGAAGGGACGACGACUCCCGGUCUCCAAUCUGAUAUUGAUUUACUACAAAGUGACGGAUAUGCGAAUGUCAUAAGAUUAUGGGGAGACUGGAAGGCUGGGAUAAUAAACCUUCUGAUGCUCAACGACGACAUCACUCCACCUCAACAGUACUUGCUACAAGUCAUCCGAAAUGACACACCGGAACCGAUGACUAGUCUGUGGUUAGAUGAGUGUGUACGAAAAGAUUCUGGAGAAGUACUAUUUAGCGCUGAACGAUUGAAACAGCAUUACGAACAUUGUAUUAUAAAACAAAGGAUGGCAAGAUUUGGAGAAGCAAUAAAAAAAGGACCUUCAGUGAGCUUUGUUCCUAACGUGGACAAUGUGAAAGCAUUGCCCGUACUCAAACCUCUUCCUGAAAUACAACACUGGAUAGACAGAUGUAAUAGUAAACACUGGCCGCCUGCCCAGCUUCUUGAUGCUGCACGAGCAGCUCCGUGUUUCCUGGUACCUGCAGGACAUCAAGACAGUGAUUACAAGCGCGAAGAAUGGCGACUGUCUCCAAACCUGAUAGAACGAAUGUUAAUGUUUAGCUUUAACAUGACACAAAUAAAAUGUUGCAUUUUAUUGAAAAUUAUAAAGAAAUCCUUAUUUGCUAAUAUCGUCGGAGAUUCUUUUACCAGUUUUCAUUGUAAAACUAUAAUGUUUUAUACCAUAGAAAGAACAAAUGCUUCUCUGUGGUGCGAACAUAACCUGAUGUUUCUUGUUAGGCUUUGUUUACACGUAUUAAGGAAAUGGCUGCGAUUGGGAAGGCUCCCUCAUUUCAUCAUAGAAGGAGUAAACUUGUUUGAUGGAAAAUUCCCUAAGGUACAACAGAGACGCCUUUUAGUGUAUAUAGACUCUAUGAUAAAAAACAACUUAGAAGAUGUAUUUUAUAUUAGAGUAGAUAAUAUAGGAUAUCGGUUACACGCAUGUAGCCUACGGCGAAUAGGAGAAGCUGGAGAACUUGGACGUCUACGCUUACGUAACAACAUUAGUUUAUUUCUGAAGUUCGUGUACAUGGAGGUAUAUAUUUUUCUUUUAAAUGAUUUAAUUUAUAAGUUGCAAGGGUCUAAUACAACAUUUGAGCAAGGUAUAAAGUAUGCGUUAUGCAAUCUUUUUGUAAUGUCCUCGAAUGUAAGAUGGUAAAAUGUUGCUAUAGAAUUAAUAGAACACCUGUAUGCUGUUCAUAAUUCAAUGCAAGCAUCUCACUCUUUGCUUCUUCGACACGUUGUUGAAAUAGACAUUAUAAGUCGAUUCCGAUAUUUUUUUAACACAGAUGUAGCUUCUAGUAAGUUAAAAUUGGCUUCAACGUUGUACUGUUUUGGACAUAUUAAAGCGGCAAUUAGAGUGUUGGAAGACGUGGAAAGGAGAUAUCACAGCAAGGUCAAGGCUGUGUGCGGAAGUAGAGAUCUAUGUAUAGAAGGAGACCGUGAUUUCCAGGUGUUUGCUAGCAUGGUAUCCGGAAACUGUGAAAACGGAUUCAGUGAAUCUCAAUUUUCAUUCUGUGUCAAAUUUGUUAGGCAAUAAUUGUACUGCAUUCCGUUUAUAUUUCUGUUUGAAAUGAAUCGCCAUAUGUCUGAAGAGGAAGUGGCACAGCGAGAUUACAACGAUAAUUGUUGGAUGGACUGCGCUGAGGUGGAUGCACGUCCGUUCCUGCACUAUCUACAGUACCUCACGUAUGGAGGACUUGGUCAACGUGACAAGCAGCUACAUGCAUUGACAGUCUUGGAGUCCUAUAUGUGUGAUAAAAGCAGCAAAAUCAACCUGUAUCACCUAGAGACUGCAGGAAACUUGCUUGGACACUGCUAUGAAAUGGAAGGAGACUAUGAGGGUGCGUUAUAUUGCUACGAGCAAUCGUUGCGUUUUCUUGGUACAAACAAUGCCGCUAACUGGCACAUCCGACGUGUUCUGCGUGUUAUAAGUGGUUAAAUAUAAACAUUAUUUUCGUGCACGAUUUUACACAAUAACUGAACACGCAUUUUGAAGAAAUUUAUUCACUUUUAUAUAAUAUUAAGAAACGCAACAUAUAUUGUAUAAUAGUAACAUCGCUUGUGGUGCUCUACACGCUCUGAUAUAAUCUCUCCAUUGUGCAAGAACAAUUGUGAACAUAGUGUAAUGAAUGUUGUUUUAUACACUGAUAAAUGACUUCAUAUACA